AUGGAUCCAGCGGUGGAGAAAGGAGCCUCAAGCACCGAUGUCAAGAACACAUCCUCGGACACAGCCGACUCUACAAAUGCCAAAGAAGAAGUCUCGUUGGGCGUCGUCUUAACACACGAUGAAUAUCACCUCGCGACAUUAGGCUACAAGCAAGAAUUCCACCGGGCCUUCGGUUUCUUCGAAUCAUGGGCGGCAACGUUCUCGACGAUGAAUUUCAUCUCGGGAAUCCCCGUUCUCUUUGGUUGGGUCAUGUAUACAGGCGGGCCCAAAGCGGCGUUUGCCAACUGGACGAUGGUCGGUGGCUUUUCAUGUAUCGUCAGCCUUGUUCUUGCCGAAAUUGCGUCCGCGCUCCCUACAACUGGAGGGAUAUACUUCUGGAGCUACCGCCUGGGCGGCGAGAAGUAUGGCCCCUUCCUGUCCUGGAUGACUGCGUGGUGGAACUGGGGCGGGUGGAUUACGGUCGUGCCCGGUGUACAGCAAGGCGCGACGAAUUUCCUCAUCUCUGCUCUGCAGAUCAAGUAUCCCGACGAAGAAGUACUGCACAAAGGCUGGUUUCUGUGGCUUUUGACCAGCAUUGGCCUGGUGAUUGCCAUGAUCCCCAACGUUUACAGUCCAAGAUUGUUGCAGCUGUACUUCCGCUUCGCCAUCUUCAUCUUCUUCGCCCUGUUUUUCCUCUAUUGGCUGUGGUUUCCUGUCAAGGCAUCCCAGAAGCAUUUCAACACUAGUUAUGGUGUCUUUGGCUUGUUUUAUAAUGGUAUCAAUUUGGGAGAGGAAAAGCAGGCUUCAGAUGCUUAUUGUUGGGUUGUCUCGGUCCUUUUUGGGGCUUGGAUCUUUUAUGGCUAUGAUGCGUCUGCCCAUCUAGCGGAAGAAACCAAACAAGCCUCGACCGUGGUGGCCAAAGGCAUCUGGGUGUCGACCUUCUCAGCCUGGAUCCUCUCAGUGCCAACACUCAUCAUCAUCUUUUUCUGCAUCCAGGACUUCGACGGCAUCAUCGCGGCCACGUACACCAACAACUGGGCUGAGUAUCUGGUCCAACUGAUUGGCGAAGACGGAGCAGUGGCUAUUCUCGUCUUACUCUGGGUCGAUAGCACUUGCGCAACAGCGAGUUGUUUCCUCUCUGCGCAGCGGGUCACGUACGCCAUCGCACGCGACCACGUGCUUCCCUUUGGCGAUUUCUUUCGCAAGCUCUCCUCUCGGAAAAUGGCCGUCAACGCAGCCUUUCUGGUGUGCGUGCUCGGCAUCGCCAUCACGACGGCAGUGAUAGGCUCGACUGUCGCGUUUUCUGCUAUCACCGCAACUGCGACCAUCACCACCAAUUUCUCUUACCUGAUCCCGAUCGUGGCGCGACAAACUGUCGGGCGCAAGAGCUUCGUACCUGCGAAAUGGAACCUGGGGAAAUUCUCGGCUCCGCUCGCCGGAAUCGCCACCGCUUGGAUCCUUUUCUUGUUCGCCGCCUUGGUGCUGCCCCAGCUAUAUCCUGUUGAUAGUCAAACGCUGAACUACGCACCCAUCUGCAUCGGCAUUAUCAGUACCGUCAGUCUGGUUGGCUGGUUCUUCCCCAGGUGGGGUGCCAUGCAUUGGUUUAAGGGGCCGGUCAAGACAAUUACAGAGCAGGAGUUGCUGAAUAGCAAGGUCGAGGGCGGUGUUGCUACUGUGGAGGAGGGUGAUGCACUAGAGAAUAUCCGAUUUGGACAUCGAAAGAGCGUCCACGAGUAA